AUUAAUCAAGUAAGUAUAGUGAUAUCAGUUAAUUAAUAUUUUUACCUAUUUAUCUGUGGUGCCUUACAAAAAAUAUACCAGCAUGUAACAGUGCCAUCUUAAACUUGUCAACCAUGUUUAGUAGUUGUUCUCAGCGACUCUUUUCUGUUUUAGUAUCUUUUUUUCGCGUGUGAUUUGUAAGGAGGACUUUAUUUACAUAAAUAUACAUAAACGUAUAGCAAAUAUUUGAAAACGGCGAUGUUUAUAGUGAUUUGGUUACGGGGAUUUGUGCAUUUGGGAAGGGUUGGCCGGACGUGCCACGUCACACAGCGUGAAUCCAUCUAUUGGUCAAACACAAGCAUAUGCUGCUCCUUUUUCCUCCCUAUGGCAGUUUUACGCCCCAAACAGUAAAUAAUAUUUUGCCCAAUCAGCCUAACAAAGCUCAUACCUUCGAGAAACACGUUUAUGUUUGCCAUAUGCAGCUUUAAUCGGGUUUGCAAUCGCUCCUAGCAGUCGCUCCCUUUGUGUUGGUUUCUUUUGCAUCACUUUUCAAGACAAUGGAGUCUCUUCGCCAUCAGCGCUUGCAGCCCGGUAUCGGAUACGGAGCGAGCGCGACCGGGACCCUCCGCUCCCUGCGGCCCGGUGUAACCGGCACUCUUUCCUCGGCACAGGGUUCCCACGUCUCGGUGUCUGCCUCCCCGGGGCCGCCGCCACCACCGCCGCCCCUUCAGCUCCACAGUCUCGGGUCUGGUAUCAUGGGCAGCGGGUUCGGUUCGGUGGACAUGUCGGCGGGUCUGGGUCUGUCCAACCCCACGAACCCGGCGGUUCUGAGAGAGGCAGUGGACGCGGUGGUCCGGAGCUUUGCCAAACACACGCAAGGAUACGGCAGGGUGAAUGUCGUGGAGGCCUUGCAGGAGUUCUGGCAGAUGAAACAGUCACGAGGCGCUGACCUGAGAAACGGAGCUCUUGUUGUCUAUGAGAUGGUCCCGUCCAAUAACCCCCCUUACGUCUGCUACGUCAGUCUCCCCGGGGGAAGUUGCUUCGGGAGUUUUCAGUUCUGCCCGACCAAAGCUGAAGCGAGACGGAGCGCGGCCAAAAUUGCCCUAAUGAAUUCUGUUUUCAAUGAGCAUCCAUCUCGACGCAUCACAGAUGAGUUCAUAGAGAAGAGUGUUUGCGAGGCUCUAGCCUCUUUUAAUGGAAACAGAGAAGAAGCUGAUAACCCAAGUACAGGCAUUGGUGCUUUUCGGUUCAUGUUAGAGUCUAAUAAGGGGAAAUCUAUGCUGGAGUUCCAGGAACUGAUGACGGUUUUCCAGCUUCUCCAUUGGAAUGGUAGUCUCAAAGCCAUGAGAGAAAGGCAAUGCUCUCGUCAGGAAGUGCUUGCUCAUUACUCCCAUCGAGCGCUAGACGAUGACAUGCGUACACAAAUGGCCGCUGACUGGGUCAGCCGAGAACACGCUUUAUCCGGUACCAUCAAUCGAGAGAUGGCCGCCACCGAGCGCGAGCUGGAAGAGGCUCGUCUGGCAGGACGGGAGCUGCGCUUUUAUAAAGAAAAGAAAGACAUUCUGCUAAUGGCAGUGGGGCAGCUAGGUGGGUCAAACACUACAACUCUGCCCUGCACAUGCUGAAGAGAACGAAGACGUGUCAGACGUGGCGUAUGAUUGUACCAGAUAGCACUCCAAAACAGUCUUUUUUUAAACUUGUGUAUGUGUGUUUGUGUGCAGAGAAUCAGCAUUUGACUAAUUCCGUAGACAAAAACGACAAUAUGUUUCUGUCUCUUUGAUCUGAACAUGUAAGGUAUUUUAAACUUGAACAGAAUUAAGCGCUAUAUUGCUAUUAUUCCUAUACCAGUAUUAUCCUCCAGUGUUAUCGGUUGACUGUACUGGCACGUGGACCUACUAUAUCCGGAAAAUCAGAUUUGAGGCCUUCUUUGCAUUGUACCACUCAUGAAUCCUAUUACACGUGGGCGCUGCUUUUUUAGCUAACUCGCCAAAUCACUGCCUAUUCGUUUUUGUUGGGAAAUUCAGUUGUCAACGUCAUUUAUCUAUCGCUUCACACAGUACAGGUUGAUCACAGUAGUAUUCACUAUUCUGCUUUUACAUUCACAUAAUAGCCUUGCUCGUUUAUUUCAUAUACAUGUGCUUUUGGUGAAUAUACAAGCCUUUGCUUUGUAAUGUUAAUCUUAAGUAUGUUUAUGUAAACACACAUUUAUACAGUACUUUUAAGUUAACUAAACUUUUCUACGAGAACAAAUUGCCUUAGUAUAAAUGUUUGCUAAGGAAGCGGCCACACAAUGUUUUCAUAAUACAAAGGUCAGAUUUUCUCACACAAAUCCUGGCCCAGGAAACGUGCCAAGGCCGUUUCCUCAAGCCUUCUGACUCUGAAAAACUGAAUCUGUGCCCUCAUUACAUUGCCUUCUGUUACUUUUGUGAUUGUAGAGCAGUCAUGCUCAUUCGAAGCAACGUUUUAUUUCUACCUCCUUUCUGAAAGCUUCUGUGAACAUUUAUGACUGUUUACGCAAAGAAAUAGUUCACCCAAAAAUGACAGUUUGCUAAAAAUGUAUUCACCCUCAGGCCAUCUAAGAUGUAGAUGAGUUUGUUUUUUCAGAAGAACAGAUUUUGGAGAAAUUUAGCAAUACAUCACUUGCUCGUCAAUGGAUCCACUGCAGUGAAUGGGUGCCGUCAGAAUGAGAGUCUGAACAGCUGAUAAAACAUCACAAUAAUCCACAAGUAUUGUUGAUAAUAAUGGUUUCCUCAGUGAAAAAGUAAUCACAUCUGAAUCAGAUGCAAUGCAACUGCAUAUUUCUAUAAUAUGGAUAAUAUUUCUAUAAUAUAAAAAAUGAAAUAUGCAAAUUGAGCAUUGUUUACAAGUUAAAGCAGUCCAAAGUAGUUCUACACAAUUAUGUCAGUGGAUUUUGAUAUGAGGACAACAGGGGAUGGACUGUUUUUGUACUAGAGGAAGUGUUUUUAUGGAAUAUGAACCGUUAUUUUGGCAAGACAAAAUGUGAAAAUGCCUUAAUGAUGGAUUUGUUUCUUCAAAACAUGCAGUUUUUCACACAACAAGACGUUAAAUGAUGAACUGGAGUGGUGUGGAUUAUUGUGAUGUUUUUAUCAGCUGUUCAGACUCUCAUUCUGACGACACCCAGUCACUGCAGAGGAUCCAUUGUUAAGCAAGUGAUGCAAUGCUAAAUUUCUAAAUCUGUUCUGAUGAAGAAACAAACUCAUCUACAAUAGUCAACAUUUGAAGUGAAUCAAAACCUUUCAUUGAAGUUGUCCUAAAACUAAAACAAUGCCCGUUCUUGUCUUGGAAAAAACAUUUUUGAACUUUUUUUUGAUCCACUUCAAAUGUUGACUAUAUAUCUCGAUGACCUGAGGGUAAGUAAAUUCAUAGCAAAUAUGUGACCAUGGACCACAAAACCAGUCAUAAGGUUCUAUUUUUCGAAACUGAGAUUUGUAUAUCAUCUGAAACGUGAUGACCUGAAAAUAAAGCUUUCAGUUGAUGUACGGUUUGUUAGGAUAGGACAAUGUUUGGCAGAGAUACAACUGUUUGAAUAAAUGUAAAAAAAAUCAAAACAUUGAGAAAAUCACCUUUAAAGUUGUCCACAUGAAGUUCUUAAUAAUGCAUAUUACUAAUCAAAAAUUACAUUUUGAUAUAGUUACAGUAGGAAUUUUACAAAAUAUCUUCAUGGAACAUGAUCUUUACUCAAUUUCCUAAUGAUUUUCAGCAUAAAAGAAAAAUAAUUUUGACCCAUACAAUGUAUUUUUGGCUAUUGCUACAAAUAUAACCCAGCGACUUAAAAACAGGUCCAGGGUCACAUAUGCAUUUUUUGGAGAACGUUUACUUUAAGAUGAGCGAUGCUUUACAAUAGGAUGCUUGAUUCGGUGCAACAGGAAAUAAAACCAUAUAUACUGCGUCUUAUAGACACUUGUUGGUUUCCCAACUCAGAAUGGUCCUUAUAGCCUGUACUAUGCUUAUAAAAUUAGUUUAAAUCAUCAAUAUACAAUCAAAUAUUUUUAAAUGUAAUCGCAUUCUUAUUCCAUCAUCAUAAAUAAUUGUAUUAUAUCUGAGCAUAAUGCGUUACUGGGUGAAGUGGUGAUGUAAACUUGUUUGUUAAUGUUUUGUCCCGUUAUUUGUUUCAGUAUUAGGGGCUAUGACCAGUUAGAUACCUUUCAGAUCAUUUUAGAUCAGGAGAAGCUUUGAAGUAUCACAGCUUUCUCCCUAAAAAUGCAUUUUAACAGACUAGCUGCAAAAUCCUGAUAUUAGCUCAUCACAAUGAUGCUUAGUGUAGGAUGUGCAUGGUGAGAAACAUCAGUGAUUGUCAUUAGCCAGACACAGAUGUGAAAAUGUACUUUUAAGGGCUAAUUGUAAUCACUUGUUCCAUUGUUGUGGUGCAGGAAACAUCAUAGUUUAGCUGCAGAACUGUCUUAAUAAUUCUGUUAAAGCCCUGGUAGUUUAUAGGCUGGUAUUAUAAUGGUAAUAUAGACAGUCUGUAUUACAGUUCUUUACAUGACAUAAAAAAUAACUAUUAAUUGUUAAAAUAAAGCUGUCACUGAUAAUCUAAAGCCCCCUUUUUUUAAACUUUCAUAAUGUGGAAGAUCACUUCAAAUUAUUAUUUAUUCAUUUGAAACCAUGUAUUUUGUGAAAUGACAAUGAUACAUUUUGUGAAAGAUGGCCGUUACUAAGUACUAUUUGCAGUUAUAGUAAUAUUUCUUUUUUAAUGUAAUUAUCACGUUUCUGAAAAGAAUUUCUGAGUGUUCUCUCAAUGUGAUUUUUACAAGAUCUCUAUUGUUUGUAUUUUGUCAUAUGAUUCCUUCAUAUGCCACUAAAGUGUAUUGAAAUGUAAACUGCAUUGCAUAUACAUUGCAUAUUACAUUGUGUAUAAUUUUAUACAAUUUGUUGGGUCUUUUCCCUGCUGUUUUUUUACGCUCUUGUUUACCAAAAUUAUUUUUCAAAUAAUACUCAAGGUAGUGAAUUUGAAUCAGUGCAUGUGAAUACAUUUUAUACAUUCUCUAUUUGUUUUUGUAUGAGUAGUCUGCCAUUUUACAUGUUUUAUAAGAUUUUGAUGCGUAGCCAGUUUUUUGUUGAUUUUUAUUCUUUACAAAUCAAUAAAGCAAUUUUAAUCUUACCCAUUUUACA